AUGCGGGCUCUACGGUUCAAUCAGGAUGCGACAUGUUGCUCGGUGGCAAUGUCGUCGAGCUCGUUAUGUAUCUACAAUUGCGAUCCCUUCGGCAAAUGUUUUGAACUUGAAAACGGGAGUAGAACAAGUAGCCGGGACGAUUUAUCAGGUUUCCAAAGUGCGACUGAAUCCAACUUCAUAGUGGAAAUGCUCUUUUCAACAAGUCUUAUAGUUGUGGUGGACAAAAAUCUAGGCUCCCAGAAGAGCCGCAAAUUGAAGAUUGUUAACACAAAGCGCAAAUCAACUAUUUGCGAGCUCACCUUUCCUCAUGAGAUUGAAGACGUGGUUAUGAACCGCAAGCGCAUGUGCGUUCUGUUAUCGAGUGACCAGAUUUUUAUUUACGACAUCUCAUGCAUGAAGCUUCUACAAACGAUCGACGUACUUGAAGGCAAACUCGACCUACGCAGUUCCAGCGGCAAGUCAAACACCCAUGGAAUGGGAACAUCAAGUUCAAGCGUUAGAAUGGCACUAAGUAGUGACGACAGCAGCACGCUGUGCUACAGCACGUUUUCACGCUCCGCGAAGGAAAAUGGUGUUUUUAACGACAUUGUGGUGUUCGACGCCCUGAAUGUAACACCUAUUAACUAUUUGAAUUCAGUACACAAGAACAGUGUCAGCUGUCUAGCUGUUACGCACCACGGUAAACUUGUAGCUACUGCGUCAGAGAGAGGCACCAUAGUAAGGAUAUUUCAGACCGGCGCAGAUACAGAAUAUGACGGCAACGAACCAUUAUUUCGAGAAUUUCGGCGAGGCACACGACCUACAGUAAUUUAUGAAAUGAAGUUCAACCAGGGUUCGACACUCUUGGGGUGUGUCGGAGACACGGACACGAUACAUGUGUUUAAAUUGUCACAAGGAUUGGAAAUUGACACAGUAAGAAGUUCGGAUAGUAGAGACACAUGGAUGGAAUCCCGCCUGGCCAAAGACUCCCCCAAACAACUUGCGAGUUUUCUGUCGAAGAAAGUCAUCUCCAGGAUUCCUAGUCAAAGCAUGGCGCGAGACUUUGCCUUCAUGAAAGUUGACGAGGGUGUCAAACAUUGUAUUGGGUUUCCGGAAGAGUUUCCCAACCAGGUUUAUGUUGCAGGGAACGAUGGGGUUCUCCAGAUCUACGAACUGCCGACGGAACACGGCGAAUGCAUACUUCUGAAAAAUAGCAAAUUUUGA